GAUCUGGGUGAUAAACAUACCAUCAUUGGGCACAGGGAGUAUAGGGAUCUGGCAUUGUCUUACGUCAGAUGGCGUCACUCAACCGAUCGUCUUGUAGGACGAGGGGGUUAUUAUUACUUAACCUGUGCGGAGUCAAGAUGGCGUCGCUGUGAGAGGGAGUGUUUUCUCGCUUAUCAAAGCAAAAUUGAGGGUUAGGUGGUUUACAGUCUAAUAUUGGCUAUCAAUGUUGAAAGAAACUAACUAUAACUUGUUUUAGUGACAUAGGGCAAGUUUAGAGUUAGUUUUUGUCAAGUUGAAUGGGAAGAACACAACAGAAAGACAACAGAUGACGGAAUAUCCAAGCCUCACAGAAGACGGCAGGCAUGCUAGCUAGCUACGAGGAGAGUCAGAACAGCAUGGAUACACACGAUGACGCAAGCUCAAGCAAGAGAAAGAACAACAUGAAAUCCUUGCAACCUCUUUACCUCAGACUCCAAUUAAAAACCACCGGUGGAAAAAGUGAAGUGAACUUUUCUCUGCAAUCCAGUCCCUGUCUACUAAACAACACUCCACAUUCUCCAUAGUGUCCAUCAUAGGGCGGGCUACCAACAAAACAUCAUAGAAGAUCGAUCAUUUGUCAGAGACUGUGAGUCAGCUUCACAAAAUUGUGAGCGAGAACAAGGAAAAGAUAACGUUCCUAGAGAAUGAGCUGAAGAAACUGCAAUCCCAAAAUCCCAAAAUGGGUAACUCUGUUGACAUGAACCAUACUGGAACUGUGAGUAGUGCCACGAGUACAUUUAAUGUACUGCCAUUAGUAAAUGUACAGUUCAAACUACAACUUGGGACCAAGACUUUAAAUGUUGCGCUUACAUUUUUGUUCAGUGAACAUUUUAAGUUCUUGCAUUUGAUUAUUAUUAAUCAAAUACAAACCUUGAAUUGAUUCCUCGUGUACUCACGACCAUCCCUAACAUCAACUAAAAAGCAAAACAUUCCAGUAGUCAGUUCUUUCUGGUUAUGUAGGUGAAUAUAGCUGGUUACAUUUUCUGAAAUUGGCAAUCCCUGAGUAAUGUGAUUAUUCAGAACCACUUACUCCUAUUUAUACAAUGUGACUUUGAGUCUUUGUGAAAGUGAAGCUAUUGAUGACAGUCUGCCCAGCAAGCCCUUUGCAAAUGAGAUGAGCUGGUUAUCCAUUGCUAUAGUAUAGGUUGUGAAAUAUGGUUAAGUCCAGAGAUGAGAUAACACGGGUUUCACUGAGAUGGCUUUCCCAGCAGACAGAAAAGAACAUAGUAGAUGAAUGUAGGAGGAAAUGAGGGAAAAACAGAAAGAGCAGAGUUAGGUAAUACUGUGACGCAACAGCAUGUGAUCCUGAUAUUCCACUUCUGGCCUUCCAGGUGUGUUAGUGUAAAGGGCAGGGCUAUUGGCGGUAGCCCAUCUGUCUGCAAGUUGGAACAGUGUUCAGCUGCAGUAUAAAUACAUACACACCUGAACCUGACUCAUAAACACACAGACUUUAAACUGACAUUCUAAAGAAGCUGAGACACAGCUUAGGUGGAUAUAUACCUGCUGGUGGUGUAUUCAGGUGGCUCUUACCUGUUGAACCUUGCCCCAAGAGAGAAGUCAGUCAAUUUGGCACUCUGAGCUACACUCUUUCUAUCACAUUGGACUUUGUGCACAAUAUACUAGUACAUUUGUCAGAGACAGUGAAUCUGACCUAAACCCCCAGAGAGCAAGCAGAGACGACAGAAGCAAGGGAUAGGUUGAGACUCCAACGGGAUUGGUAGAAACCUUGAGGAACCAGACUGCAGCGACCAACGGGACCAAUGGUCUCUAUAUUUUUGGAAAUGCCGCUGUGGAGACAGACAAAGGCUGGCGAUGAGGAGUGUAACCGCGCUGUCCUGGUCGCAGUGUCGAACUUUCACCACCGUGUACCACUGUGCAGGAGGCCAGGGGCGGAGAAAGACGCCAAAAGGCUCCACCGUACCCUGACCAGACUGGGAUACAGAGUGGACAUACACACUGACCUCACCUCUCAUGAGAUGUACACACUCUUCAAGACAGAGAGUGAGCGGCCAGUGAAGGAGUGUUUCCUGGCAGUGCUGUCGUCUCACGGGGAGGAGGGCUGUGUGUUUGGGGCAGACGGAAAGCCGGUUAGACUGUCCCACAUCUUCUCCUGCUUCAACAACUCACACAUGGAGGGAAAGACCAAGCUGUUCUUUAUCCAGGCAUGUCGUGGGGGUGAGCUGGAUGAUGGGGUGACAGUGGAGACGGAUUCAGCAGGAAGUGAUGUCAUUGAGGACACUCUGUCUCAGUACCUGUCCAUCCCCAUGGAUACAGCGGUGAUGUACGCCACCACACCAGGUUACGGGGCCUUCAUGCACCCUCUGGGGGCUGUCUUCCUCCAGACACUCUGCAUCCUAUUGGAGGAGGAAGGGGGCAGAGCCUUGGAGCUGACACGCCUACUGACACGCCUCUCCCACCGUGUAGCCUUUGGCUUCCAGGCCAAAGGUCGUCUGCUGGCGGGGAAGAAGGAAAUGCCUUGCUUCGUAUCGCGACUGACCAGAGAGGUGUUCCCAUUCGCCGAGCCCGAGGGCGGGGCCAAUGGGCUUUCUGCAACGACAUUGGUCAACCCAGAGUACAACAGAUCUCGCAAACCAUCUAUAAGCUAAACCCGAAGUCUUUGUGAGAACUAAAGACACUUGUCGCUCACAGAUUGACAGGGUAGACUUUCUCUGUCAGCUACAUUAGUACGGAUGAUUUUCAAUGUGUUGUUAGCCAGAGGGUUGUGAGUUUGUGCAAAGGUUCGGACAGAAUUUCCACUCUGUUACUUGUGUACAUGUUCGUGUGCAUAAUAGAAACAGAACAUUGUAAAGAUAUGUGGAUAAAGGAACAGAUCUGGAGCUGUUGGUGGUUUCACCACAGAGUAGAUGAUUAUGGCGUCUUCCUUUACAGACAACUGACGCAUCUUCAAAUAUUCUAGAUAACGAACGGUAUACUAUGUUAUUUGAGUCUAUUUCUUUCAUUCAAAUGGCAACCUAAAAGGCUAAGCUUCUGCUUCUAUGCUUUUAUUUGAAACCAUUAAAUGUAAGUUGAACACGCAUGCUGAAUGCUCAAUGUUGUGUGUUAAAAAUGACUUUGUGUGUGACAAUAUAUUUUUUUCAUUAAUUGAUUUGAUACAUUUAAUGUUCAAGGUGUUUUUAGUAUUUUAACUGACAUGACUGUAUUCCUAAGUUGUAGCGCUCUGACUGGUACAGUGAGACGGAGAGUAAGUAGAAGAAGACAGCUUUACGCCAGACCAGUGCACCAGCAGGCUCAGAUUUGAGUACCUCUGCUGUAGAAGGAGAAACACCAGUCCAGGUAGACUAAAAGAUUAAAGUCACACUACAGUCUCCUUCUCACCUCAUUUACUUAAAAGGAACAUCUCAAUAAGUGGCCCAGGUAUCCUCAUGACAUGGCACAAGUGGGGUUCUCUAUUUCUCAACUCUUGUUCCUGCAUGCAUGGGGAAGUCCAUCAGACCAACUCCUUGAAUGGCUGACUGAGUUUGAACUUGUGUAACCCUUAAGUGUGUGUAUAUUACUGUAUAGGUGGGAUAUUGUUUUUCCAACAGGAAAAGUAAAAAGAUUGCUGGAA